AUGGCGUCAAUGGGGAUAAUGACAACAGCGCCUGCACUACCAGGAGGCAAGAAACUUGUUUGUCGAGUAUGCCAGAAAGCAUUCUCCAAGGCCGAACACUUGAGGAGACACGAGCGUUGCCAUACGGGAUCUAAACCAUAUGUCUGUAAAGAGUGUCGGAGGCCCUUUGCCCGCCAAGAUGCUCUUACUCGCCAUGAAAAGCUGCAUGCGCGUGCUAUAGAUGCAAAUAAUGACUCGUCGGAGAUUCACUUGCCGACACAGCCUACCUCUUUCGAUUCUCUUGCUUCUUGGGAUACGAGGAGUGCUUCCACUGCUGAUCCAGCGUCAACUUCAGCAACAAGUCACUCCUGGGACGAGUCUCAUCCUGGAGACCAUGCGAGUAUGCAGAAUGUCGACUUGGAAUUAGACUUUGAGUUGGUCUGGCCUGAUUCCGAAAACUUGUUUCAGAGCUUGAUGUCCUCGGAUACGACAGAUCAAUGGCAAAUGCCGCUUGGUACCUUGCCUUUUCCGCCUACCGUGCAGGAUAUGAAUGGUAUGGGCUUCGGGUCUCCAAAUUUAUUCAAUGACCAUAGGUCUUCUGUAGGGGCAAUACCGUCCGGUGGAGGGCAUCAGGCAGUGCGAGAUAUCACAGAGAUGGUAACGAGCUCGUCAUCCAGUAUUACCGCCGCCGUCAAAGCCACAUCAAUCACCUCAGUAUUCCUCGACGAAUGUCUCCAUAUGUUCUUCGUCCGAUUCAUCCCCACAUUUCCAAUCUUGCAUCGUGCAACUUUUGUCUUCCGAGAAUGCACGCAUGCUCUCCUCCUUAAUGCCAUCGCCAUCGGCUCUUUGUACCUAGGCCCCAAGGACUCGGUUGCAAAGGGUGAAGCCCUAUGGCGCCUAGCACAUACCGCACUUUCAACUUCAUGGCAAUCCAUGAUCACACAUAAUGGCCCCUAUGAUGCAUGUAAGGGCGUUCAGUUGAUGAUCACAGCCCUGCUGGGCCAGAUCUAUGGGGCGCUAUCCAAAAACCGGGCAAUUCGAACCACCAGCCAGGUAUUCCAUCCGCUGGGCUUCUUAUGGGCAAGACACUGCGGCAUGUACGACAGCGAGCCGUACUCAAUGGAAAACCUUCCAUCGAUCGAUGCCCCCGCUGCAGAAAAAGAACACCAGUGGCGAAUCUGGUCUGCGCGGGAGAUCCAGCAACGCACCCUAUUAGCCUACUACGUCCUGGACGGGCUCGUGGCUCAAACUUCGAGCGAUGGUGCCUCUUCUCGGCAUGUGGCAAACCCACUCACUCUUCCGAGUAGCGAAGAAGCUUUUGAUGCUAGCACUGCCGAUGAAUGGUUGACUCACAUGCAUCCCCAAAAGCCGGAUCAGUCCUCAUUUAGGACGGUUUUUCGCUCCCUCUUCCCGCCAGUCGGGAGCUUCCGCUCUCUAGAGUAUCAGUUCUCUGCCUUCGCACUGCGUGUGGUGCUAGAAGGGCUUCAGUCUCUGGUCUCCGACUUUGAUGACAAUGAACUAGCCGUGGGAGUUCCAAGCCAAUCAGACAUCCGGCGAGCUCUGGCUCAGGUCCACGAAACAAUAUCCAUGAGCAUCCACUUCACCGCAGCAGAGAGACUCGAAAUUCUCCUGCGUUGGCACACAGUCUGUCUAGAUACAAUGAUCAACUCUACCGUCCUCUCCCGCUACGUCUGCUUACGCUACAACAUUCUCCAAAACGUCUCCGGUGGAUGCGGAACCGUCCGCCCGGGCUUCGAUCUAGUCAAAUGGGCUAAUUCAGAAGACGCGCGGCGGGCCGUCCUCCACGCAGUCGCCAUCCAAGACAUCGUAGAGCAAUUACCACGUGGCCGCGCGCACGUCGUGCACAUGCCUAGCUCACUGUUUGCAGCGGCGACAAUAUACGUCGUCUUUUCACUUGCAGGAGUCGGCACUGUGAAUUUGCCUCGCAACAUCGUUUGGCAAGAUGCUUUGCUGUCCCAUUCGGAUCUCAACCUGGGCCACGAGGAUAUCCGGCCUCGAUCUGGCUCCGAGACAAAGCGCUUUGUCGAGAAUGGAAAUGGGGCUUCCUCGCUUCCGCUUCCUAUUGGUGGUGCUGUCAGGAAUCUGCUUUAUGAGCUCAACUCUAUGCAAAAGUUGUUCCGGUGCUUGUCUUCACAGUGGGGUAUUGCGCAUGACAUGGAGGAUAUUAUUUCCCAAUGGAUUCAGCUGUGUCAUUAG